AUGGCUACCCCUAGUGUCCUAGCUUUUGACGCUGAGGGUCGCGCCAUUGAUUUUGAGGUCUGGUUAGACGACCUGCAGCUGUUCUUACAGUGCGACAGGGCUGACGGCCUUUCUCUCUUUGACCUCACCUCUGGCGCCUCUCCUGCUCCUGCUGCUGAUGCUGAUCCCACUGUCCACUCUCAGUGGGCCACUCGCGAUGCUGCUGCACGUCUUGCUGUGCGUCGCCACCUCCCUACCUCUGAGCGUGCGCACUUUAGUCAGUACAAGAGUGCUCAUACCUUGUACGACGCUGUAGUUGCGCGCUACUCCUCCCCUGCCACUGCUGCACUGAGCCGUCUCAUGCUUCCCUACCUCUUUCCUGCCCUCUCUGCCUUUCCCACUGUCGCUGAUCUCAUUACGCACCUCCGCACUAGUGACACUCGCUACCGCGCCGCCCUUCCUGCCGAGUUCUGCGCUAAGAACCCACCCCCCAUGUACAUCGCUCUCUACUACGUAGUCGCGCGUCUCCCUGACUCCCUUCGCGUCGUCAGGGACCACUUUCUCGCAGUCUGUCCCACCACCCUCACCGUCGACCUCCUCGAGACGGCCCUCCUCGCAGCGGAGAAGAGCAUAGUCGCUGUAGGUGCUUCUCGUGGUGACCCUCGCACCCCCAUCUUUGAGGGGUGCUCUCCUUCCCCCUUGCUGCCCUCUGUUGCCUCUGGUGCUGCUGCCGACCUGCUUGGUCUUGAGUCGGUCGGCGCGGCGUCUGCCCCUAGUGGGAGACGUCGCUCCAGCAAGGGCAAGGGGGGCAAGGGCGCGGGUGGAGCUGGAGGGGGCGGUGGCGGUGGCGGCGGUGGCGGCGGAGGGAGUGGGGGUGGCGGCGGGACUAGUGGCGGGGGUGGUGGUGGUGGUGGUGGUGGCAGCAGCGGCGGAGACGGUGGUAGUGGUGCCAGCGGUGGUGGUGGAGGCAGCGGCGGAGGUGGAGGCGGCGGGGGUGGAGGCGGUGGAGGCGGCAGCGGAGGAGGCAGUGGUGGUGGAGGAGGUGGAGCUGGUCGGGGUGGUACCCAGCAGCGUAGCGGCGGUGGUGGUGGCCAGCGCUCGCAGCGGCAGCAGCAGCAGCGCUCGCGGGACAUCCCUUCGCCUCAGCAGCUUCGUGAUGAGGAGAAUGAGGGUUACCGGUGUUUCCAGCCCGACCCGGGCAUUGGUACUGCUGCGCUAGGUGCUUGUGAGGCUGCUGCUCUAGGUGCCAGUGCGUCUGCGCUCUCAGGUACUGGUGAGGCUGCGCUCUCAGGUACUGCGUCGUCCUCGUCCUCCCUCACUUUCACACUUGACUCCGGGGCUUCUCGCUCCUUCUUUCGAGACCGCACUACCCUUACGCCGCUCGACCGGCCGGUUGCAGUCUCCCUUGCUGACCCCUCUGGGAGUCCUGUCCUGUCUCACUUCUCCACUGUCCUCCCGUGUCCGGCUGCCCCUUCGGACACCCUGUCUGGUCUGUACCUUCCCUCGUUCUCUACGAACUUGGUGAGUGGAGCGGACCUGCAGGAUGUGGGGGUUCACCAGUUCACUCCUGCGAGUCAGCGGGUGACCCACUGCACGGAGGCACGCACAGGCCGACACCUGGCCACGUUCUCACGUCGGCCGGGGUCGAGUCUCUACACCCUGACCGUUGAGUCUCCUCCUGUCCCUGCGUCUGGUCAGGUGGCUGCGUCAGGUCAGGUGCUUGCUGCUGCGUCCCGGUCAGGUCCUGAGUCUGCCCCCUGUUCUUGUCGACUCCUGUCUCACGAGACUCUCCUGUGGCACCACCGUCUUGGCCACCCCUCCUUGCCCCGUCUUCGGAGCAUGGCUUCCCGUGUCCUUGUCUCUGGUCUUCCCCAGUCUCUCCCUCCUCUCCCCUCCGGGCCAGGACCUUCCUGUGUCCCCUGUGUCGAGGGUCGCCUCCGGGCUACUCCUCACUCCUCCCACUUCCCCCCGACAGAGGCUCCCCUGCAGACGCUUCACAUGGAUGUGUGGGGCCCAGCCCCCGUCCGUGGGCAGGGUCACGAGCGCUACUUCCUGUUGGUGGUUGACGACUACUCGCGUUACACCACAGUCCUCCCCUUGCGCAGCAAGGGUGCGGUCACUGAGGUGCUGAUCGACUGGAUCCGCGAGGCUCGUCUCCAGCUCAGGAAGAGCUUCGGCUCUGACUUCCCUGUUCUGCGUCUGCACUCGGACAGGGGCGGAGAGUUCUCUUCUCGCCUUCUGCGAGACUACUGUCGUGCACGCGGGAUCCGCCAGACCUUCACGCUUCCGGACUCACCACAGCAAAAUGGGAUUGCUGAGCGCCGCAUUGGCAUGGUCAUGGAUGUCGCUCGUACGUCCAUGAUGCAUGCGGCUGCCCCCCAUUUUCUGUGGCCGUUUGCGGUUGGCGAUGCGUCUGUGUUCCGUGUCUGGGGAUCUCGGGCGUUUGUCCGCGACUUGUCUGCGGACAAGUUGUCCCCUCGUGCCGCUCCCUGUGUCUUCCUUGGCUUCCCCACUGACGCCCCAGGGUGGCAGUUUUACCACCCCUCCUCUCGUCGUGUUCUGUCCUCCCAGGACGUCACGUUCGACGAGUCAGUCCCCUUCUACCGUCUCUUCCCCUACCGCGCUCCUUCCCUCCCACCUCCCCCGGACUUCCUUGUGCCGGUUCCCCCCCCGGUAGACCCCCUCCCCCCUCAGGUUCCUGCCCCCUCAGGUGUGUCCCAGGUAGACGCCGUUGACCCAGUCGAGGUUACUGGUGACUCUGGUGCUGCUGCGAGUGCUGAGCGUGGGGGUGCUGACUCUGGGGGUGCUGUGCGCGGGGGUCCUGAGCCUGGGGGUGCUACUGCUGGGGGUGCUGGGCCUGAGGGUGCUCCUGCGGAGGGUGCGGAGCCUGGGGGUGCUGAGCCGGGGGGUGCUGUGCCUGGAGGUGCUGGGUCUGGGGGUGCUGGGUCGAGAGCUGCUGAGCCUGGGGGUGCUGAGCUGGGAGCUGCUGAGCCUGGGGGUGCUGCGUCUGGAGCUGUUGAGCCUGGGGUUUCUCCUACUGCUGCGUCUCGCCGGGAGCCCCUCUCUCCACAGGAGCUGCGCGAGUGGUUCGCUCGCCGCUGGAGGCGUGCUGCUGAGUCUGGAGGUGCUGCUGGAGCUGGAGUUGGAGCUUCUUCGACGGUCGAGGGUGCCGGUGCUGCCGGUCCCGGAGCUGCUGGACCUGCGGGUCCUCCUGGAGCCGGAGCUGCUGAGGGCGUUGGUGCUGAGCCUACUGCUGUUGGUCCGGCCGCUGGAGGUGUGGGUGGCGCUGGUGCUGUCGCUGAGGGUGCUGGUACUGUCCCUGCUGAGUCUGGAGCUGCCGCGCGGCCUCGGUCGUACUUCGUUCCGCUCCUGCAGCAGGUUCUUGGUCCUUCUCCUCCGGUAGAGGGUCCACCGCCUGUCCAGGCGCAGUCCCUACUGGGGCCUUCCUCUCCACUGCCUGCUCCCUCUCCUUACACUGGUCCUACUGGAGGUCUUGCUGAGCGCCGUGAGUCUGCGUCUCGUCCCGCGUCGCCUGUUCGUGCUGCUCGCGCUAGUGGUCGCAGUUCGCGUCAGCGUCCUCCUCCUGUCCCUGGCACACACCGGAUGUGUCUGCGUCCGUCCACUGCUCCUCUGCGUGCCCCUUUGCCUUCUCCUCAUGAGUCCUCUCUUCCUGCGCUUGCCGACCCUGAGUCGGACUCUCUUCGUGCUGCCAGUCCUACUGUCACGCGUCUGCUUGCUACUGUCGUCACUGACCCCUCUUUUGAGUCCACUGCUGCGUCUGCUCUUGUCGCUGAGCUCGUCGACUUUGCUGCUCGCUGCCGUCUAGACUACGCUGCUAGUCUUGUUGCUGAGUCUGCGUCUGUCUGUCCUCCGUCCGUCGGGGGUGAGUGUGCUCUUGGCACGGACGUCCUAGAGGACAGGCAGGAGGAGUUACAGUGUCUGGCUGCUGCUUCACCUCAUCUCGCGUCUGUACUGCUUGCUCCUGAGGGAGACCCGGAUGCACUAGACAUCCCGACUCCGCUCUCUUACGCGGAGGCCGUAGAGGGUCCCUACUCCUCUCAGUGGCAGGCAGCUAUGGAUGCAGAGAUGGCUUCCUGGAAGUCCACAGGCACCUACGUUGACGCAGUUCCCCCUCCUGGGGCGAACAUCGUCAGUGGCAUGUGGAUCUUCAGGGUGAAGCGGCCGCCGGGCUCUCCACCUGUCUUCAAGGCGCGGUACGUUGCUCGUGGCUUCAGUCAGCGGCAGGGAGUUGACUACUUUCAGACCUUCUCUCCCACCCCGAAGAUGACCACUCUUCGGGUGCUGCUGCACAUAGCCGCUCAGCGCGACUACGAGCUUCACUCUCUCGACUUCAGCACUGCGUUCUUGCAGGUCUACGGUCUCCGCCAGGCACCGCGUGAGUGGCACGACACACUGAGGACUACGCUUGCGGCUCUUGGGUUUGCUCCCUCUACUGCUGACCCGUCGCUGUUUCUGCGCACCGACACUUCACUGCCGCCGUUCUACAUCCUCGUGUACGUCGACGACUUGGUCUUUGCCACAGCGGACACUGCUGGACUCGCCUACGUGAAGUCCGAGCUGCUGAAGAGACACACGUGCACAGACCUGGGUGAACUGCGCAGCUACCUUAGCUUGCAGAUCACUCGGGACAGAGCACGCCGCACCAUUACCUUGACUCAGUCACACAUGGUGCAGCAGGUCCUUCAGCGCUUCGGCUUCACGUACUCCUCGCCUCAGGCCACUCCUCUGCCUACUCGCCACUCACUCUCAGCUCUGCCUUCGGAUGAGUCCGUAGAGUCGAGUGGUCCGUAUGUAGAGCUUGUUGGCUGCCUCAUGUACCUGAUGACCUGCACACGACCUGACCUUGCAUACCCUCUGAGCAUUCUUGCACGCUAUGUUGCUCCUGGGAGACACCGACCAGAGCACAUGGCAGCAGCGAAGAGGGUAUUGCGCUACCUAUGCAGUACGUCGGGCAUGGGGCUAGUGCUUGGAGGGCGGAGUCCAGUGGUCCUUACAGGCCAUGCGGACGCUUCUUGGGCUGACGACCAGGCUACGCAGCGGUCGUCACAGGGUUACACCUUCAGCCUUGGUUCCGGCUCUGUCUCGUGGCGGUCUUCUCGCUCGUCUUCAGUUCUCGGCUCCAGUUGUGAGGCUGAGAUCUACGCCGGGGCCAUGGCUGCACAGGAGCUUCGCUGGCUCACCUACCUGCUGACUGACCUUGGAGAGCCGCCUCGUUCUCCUCCAGUGCUGUACGUAGACAACAAGGCCAUGCUGGCCUUGUGUCGAGAGCAGCGCUUGGAGCACAGAACGAAGCACAUUGCUCUCCGCUACUUCCUUGCUUGUGAGCUGCAGCAGCGUGGUCAGUUGCGACUUGCGUACGUGGCCUCUGAGGCCAACACUGCUGAUGUGUUCACCAAGGCACUUGCGCCUUGUGACCAUCAGCGCUUUUGCACCCAGCUGGGUCUUGUGCCUGUCUUCCCUCACUUGCUCUCCCCUUGA